CACCCGCUUGUGAAGCCCGGCGGUGCUCGGCCGGCCUGGCUCCCGGCAGAGGCCGCGCGCAUGCGCGGGGCGGCGUCGAGGCCCGGGCAGGCCCUGGAGCGGUGGCGGGGCCGCGCCAUGAGCGCCUGGUAGAGGGGCCGCGAUGAACCUGCGCGGCUUCUUCCAGGACUUCAACCCCAGGUGCGAGCUGCCCUGGGCUGCCCGGGGAGCACCGGGCCAGGCCAGCCCUUCCUUCGGCCUCGCUUGAAAUUCACAGUGGGAUGCUCACUGCAGCCCCGGGUCCUGCUGGCUCUCCAAGCAAGUACGGACAUGUAACUUUUAAACAAACGGAGAGAAUGAGUUCAAUUUUACCGGGUUUUACCAGAUAUUCUAAGACUACAGGCUAAGGACCUACAGCAAAUUCCUUAUUUAUGCCUGCCUGCUGCUGUUUUCUGUGUUGCUCUCUCUACGUCUGGAUGACAAAAUUCAGUGGAGUUACUGGGCUGUGUUUGCUCCAAUAUGGCUGUGGAAGUUAAUGGUGAUUGUUGGUGCCUCAGUGGGAACAGGAGUGUGGGCCCGAAACCCCCAGUAUCGAGCAGAAGGAGAAACCUGUGUGGAGUUCAAAGCUAUGCUAAUUGCAGUAGGCAUCCACCUGCUGCUGCUGAUGUUUGAAGUCCUGGUGUGCGACAGGAUUGAAAGAGGAACCCAUUUCUGGCUUCUGGUCUUCAUGCCCCUGUUCUUUGUGUCUCCAGUCUCAGUUGCAGCUUGUGUGUGGGGAUUCCGACACGACAGGUCUCUGGAGCUGGAAAUCUUGUGUUCAGUCAAUAUUCUACAGUUCAUAUUUAUUGCACUCAGACUAGAUGAGAUCAUCAGAUGGCCAUGGCUUGUGGUCUGUGUUCCACUGUGGAUCCUGAUGUCCUUCCUGUGCCUCGUGGUGCUCUAUUACAUCGUGUGGUCUGUGCUGUUCCUGCGCUCCAUGGAUGUGAUCGCUGAGCAGAGGAGGACACACAUAACCAUGGCUGUCAGCUGGAUGACAAUUGUAGUUCCACUGCUCACAUUUGAGAUCUUGCUAGUACACAGACUGGAUGGGCAUAAUUCUUUUUCUUUCAUACCCAUAUUUGUUCCUCUUUGGCUUUCACUGAUAACAUUAAUGGCAACAACAUUUGGACAAAAAGGAGGCAAUCACUGGUGGUUUGGAAUUCGCAAAGACUUUUGCCAGUUCCUGCUUGAAAUUUUCCCAUUCUUGCGAGAAUAUGGAAAUAUCUCUUAUGAUCUUCAUCAUGAAGAUAAUGAGGAGACAGAAGAAACGCCACUGCCUGAACCACCAAAAAUUGCACCAAUGUUCCGAAAAAAGACUGGAGUGGUCAUUACGCAGAGUCCUGGAAAAUACGUGAUUCCACCUCCCAAGUUAAACAUUGAUAUGCCAGAUUAAGAUGACAGUAGCAUAUUAAACUUGAACUGGUCAUCAACAGACAGAUGUAUUUCAUCUCAUGCCUUGUCCCAAUUCCUUUAAAAUAGGUAUUGCUGAAUCAGUGGCUUGGAUUACACAAAUCAGAAAUCUUGGAGAUAAUCUGAGUGCUUUUCCAGAAAUACGUGGUUGUCUAAUUUGUGAACAACCUUCCUAACAGGUUGGUUGCACGCUUGCCUGUAUAGUAUUUAUAUGAACAUUUUUAGCAGUGUAAUAUAUUGUUUAAAAGUCCUGUUGUGUACAGUAUAAGUAUUAUCUAAAAGUAUUUUUUUAAAAACCCUGUAUGAAAUGCCUAUGCUAUUCCAGGUGUCUUUUAGGUCCUAAAUAUACCCUUGUUUUCAUGUAUCUUUUAAAUGCUUUGGGAUGCCUUAGCAUAGUACCUCUUUACUUCUUUCUCUGUUCAGCUGCAAUCAUCACAGAGGCACAAGAGUGUUGCACUUCUGAGGCAACACUGGAAAGCUUUGUUUGGGAGGGGAAGUAGAAUGUAUGGUGGCUUACAUGAUGCUUUUGAUUUAGCUGUGUAAAUACUCAUGUAAGUAUUUCCACUUUUGUGCUGGCUUGGGAAUUACAUGUUGGUUUUGUUGCUUUUCCAGUUUCAUGUUUUGAUUCAUCUUGAGCAGCAUGUACCAUUCUCUCCUUAGACUGGCUGUUUAUUAAGCUGUUUCUCACAUUGUGUGGUCUAUGUCAGAAACAUCUGUGGUAGGUUUCACACCUGUUGGUUAGCUGGUAUAAAUAUCAUAGCUUGGUCUUUGUUACCAACUUUGUGUUGGUCAGUGUAAAUGAUUAAACUUUUCAAGAUAGGA